UAGCCAAGAUUCCCUCUCGAUCUGAAAUCCCUAGACUUUCCUAAUCUCCUCUCACUCUCAUUCUUCCAUUACCCCUUUCAAUCUCUCUCUCUCUCAAAAUGGCAGCAGAGACAUUUGUAUUCAACAUAGCACAAAAAGUGCUGGAGAAAUUGGGAUCCCUGGCUUUCCAAGAAGCUCGCUUGAUAUGGGGUGCUGAAAGUGAUCUAGGAAGACUUGAAAAAACCCUAUCCACCGUCAAAGCUGUGUUGUUGGAUGCAGAAGAGCAGCAGGUUCAUAACCAGGAGCUGACCGUCUGGCUUGGGCAGCUCAAAGAAGUGUUUUAUGAUGCUCAAGAUGUCCUUGAUGAAUUCGAGUGUGAAGCACUGCGGAGGCAAGUGGUGGAAAUGCAGGGGAGCACCACCAGGGAGGUACGCCGUUUCUUUUCUUCCUCUAAUUCACUUGUAUUCCGAACCAAGAUGGCUCACAAAGUCAAAGAAAUUAGAGCACGUUUAGAUGAGGUUGCAGCCGAUAGGGCUAAGUUUCAUAAUCUCUCUCCACGGUCGGAUGAUAGGCAUGUGGUGCGUGGAAGGGAGAUGAGUUACUCCUUUGUCCAGCCUUCAGAUGUGAUAGGAAGAGACCAAGACAAAGAAAAAAUUGUGGAGUAUCUAAUGGAUCCCAGUGACGGUCAAUCCAUCUCUGUUGUUCCUGUAGUUGGGAUUGGAGGUCUUGGCAAGACUGCGUUAGCUAAACUGGUGUUUAAUGAUGAAAGAGUGAUAGAUCAUUUUGAGUUAAAGUGUUGGGUGUGCGUGUCUGACGAAUUCGUUUUAAAACAACUACUGGUUAAAAUUAUCAAAUCAAUAACUAGUGAAAAUCGUGGCGAUUUGGAUGAAGAGCAGUUGCAAGUGCUACUUCGAAAUAAUUUGGAUGGCAAGAAAUUCUUUCUUGUCUUGGACGACGUAUGGAACGAGGACAGGGGAAAAUGGAUUGAGUUGAGGAAUUUGUUGAUGGGGGGUGCCAAUGGAAGUAAGAUUCUUGUGACUACACGCAGCCCAACAAUUGCUUCCAUGAUGGGCACCAUGUCCCCAUACAACUUGGAAGGUCUUUUACAUCAAGAGUGUCUGUCCCUAUUUAUAAAAUGGGCAUUUGAUGAAGGAAAAGAGAGGCAGCACACAAACCUCGUGGAAAUUGGGGAUGCGAUUGUGAAGAAAUGCAAAGGGGUUCCCUUGGCAGUGAAAUCAUUAGGAAGCCUACUAUAUUCAAAGCUUGAUGAACGUGAUUGGCUAUUUGUAAGAGAUAAUGAAAUGUGGAAAUUGAACAGAAAAGAAGGGGAUAUUUUGUCGGUCUUGCAAUUAAGUUACAAUCAGAUGCCAUCUUACUUGAAACAAUGUUUUGCACUUCUUUCACUUCUUCCGAAAGAUUAUAAUUUCAAUACUUUUGAUUUAAUUCCAUAUUGGAUGGCAAAUGGGCUUCUUCAAUCACCAAAUGAAAAUCAAGAGCUGGAAGAUAUUGGCAACCAAUAUAUAGAUGAGCUCUAUUCAAGAUGUUUCCUUGAAGAUUAUAUUGAUUUAGGUUUCAUGCGAACAUUCAAAAUACAUGAUAUUGCACAUGACCUAGCACUAUCAUCAGCCCAAAGUGACUGCUUAAUUAUUAGUUGUCAGAUCCAAAACAUCUCCGGAAAGGUUUGGCAUUUGUCAUAUACUGACAAUACUUGGCAGAAUGAAAAUGUUUUAAAAUGUUUACAAAAAUCAAAGAGUUUACGAAGCAUUCUUUUUACGGUGGAAGGAGUUGGACCUUCUACUAAAUCCUUUGUUGAUUUAUGUCUCUCAAAAUUUAGAUACCUGCGAGUUCUAGAUUUAAGUGACUCAAGUUUUGAGGUGUUACCCAGCUCCAUUGGUACCAUGAAGCAUUUAAGGUUGUUGGAUUUGACUAACAAUUGUAGAAUUCAUAAACUCCCAAACUCCAUUUGCAAGCUUCAAAAUUUGCAAACUUUAAAACUCCAUGGAUGUGAAAAAAUAGAAGAAUUACCAAAAGAUAUAAGAUACCUGAUCAAACUCAGAACCUUUUCAAUGACAACCAAACAGAAGUGUCUACCUGGGUGCUCUAAUUCCCUGCGAGCUUUGGGAUUAUUUAAUUGUGGCAAUCUAGAAUCUUUGGUUGAAACAAUGCAAGUCUGUACAAGCCUUCGGUUCUUGGUUAUUGUCAAUUGUGGGGGUCUGAUCUCUUUGCAUCCUAACCUAAAACUCCUUACCAUGUUAGAGGCUUUGGGAAUUGAGAAUUGUGAAAAGCUUGAUCUGACUAAAAUGGAAGACAAUCAAGACAAUUUCCCAACGAGCCUUCGACUAUUACGCUUUACUGGAUUACCACAGUUGGUGGCUAUGCCCGAUUGGAUUAAACGCUCUGCAAAAUCUUUACAAAUCCUUGAUAUUCAGAGUUGUCCUAAUUUGACAGCAUUGCCAGAGUGGCUGGUGAAUCUUGAAUCGCUUAGACAACUUGCAAUUUUGAAUUGCCACAAAUUGUCUUGUCUAUCGAAGGGGAAGCUUUGUCUCCCAGCUCUAAGAUCUUUUAGAAUUGCAGAAUGUCCCGAAUUAAUUAGAAGAUGCCAACCAGAAAUCGGAGAAGAUUGGCACAAGAUUGCUCAUGCCUCAGAAAUUUAUCUCGAUUACAAGCGGAUUAAAUAAGCUGAUAAUUAGAUUAGCUGAUUGUGUUUACAGUUUUACAAGAUCAUUUAGGACGUGAUGUUUUGAGCUUCAGGUGGACUGUCAUUGAAAUCUUUAGUGCAUUGUUAGUUUUGGAGAUUUUCUUUUUGUAUUUUGAAAUUCAAUCAUUUGGGAGUUUACUCUAUCAUGAGUUAUUUGAAAUUUAUAUUUAUGUUUUAUCAUUAGAAGUUGGAUUAUAAUGUUAUUUUGGAGUUUAUGGAUAUUAAAUCUUAUUUUUCUAACGGUAAGCUUAGCCUGACAUGUAAGACAAUGAUAAUAUUUUGAUUUAAAGAUGCACAAUGUUAUGGCAUUACA